ACUAUUAUUAUUACCAAACAUACUACCGGUGCUAUCAAUAGUGAUGCUAACUAUAAUCAAUGGAUAUAUGGGGGUCCAGUGGGUCUAAAAGGUGUACAAAUAUUUACAGUAGAUGACCAGGGCGAUAAUCGGGAUGAUCCGAAACUAGAGGCCAAUUGGCCGGAAAUUGACAAAAUAUUUGCCGACAAUCCCUCAGUGGCCAACAAUCCCCUGAAAUUGGUGGUCAUAUGUGGCGCUCCCCGUAUCGGCAAGUCUACUGUUGCCAGUCUAUUGUAUCACAAUAAUGACCCGAUCUAUCAAAAUAGUAAUAAUGAUAUUAAUAGUGAUAAUAAUAAACUAUUUGCUAAAAAUAUUAGUAAAAUAUUUGAAACAUCAAGCGAUGAUUUUCUGGCCAAUACUAAAGGUGUUUGGAUAACACCGGUUCCCAUACCUGUUAGGGAACGACCCGAUAGUGAUAUACUAUACAAUGUGUUUAUUGUUGACGUCGAGGGUAUAUUGGGUCCCAAUUCCGAUCAAUUAAUAUAUCAACAGUUAUAUGUAUUAUCAUCGAUGAUGUCCUCGCAUUUUAUCUAUUAUCUCAGACAUCCAUUCAAUGAAUAUCACGAACAAGUACUACAAUUGUACACAACAUUAGCCCAAACCGUACAGUCGUUGAACGAUAAACUAAUACUUAUGCCCAGUAAUCUGGUUAACGAAAACAAGUUCCGAUACGGACGGGUAGAUAGCGAUAAAUAUUUGGAUCGGUUGAACAGGGAUGCAAAAAUUGAUCUAGGAAAGUUUACGAAAUAUUUCAAAAACAUUGAAUGCUAUCUGAUGCCCGAACCGGCCGAACCGAUGCGCACCGGUAUGUUAGACAACAGUCUCACUCAUUAUACUGUCGAUGAAGUUGGUCAGCGAUAUCUGAAAUAUAUACACGAUUUUCGUUGGCAAACAAUGGCCACUGCGAAUGGUCUGAAAACAUCGGCUACGGGUCGCCCGAUGAGAGGACUGGACUUUCAUCAGGCGCUUCGGCCACUGUUUGAACUGAUUACUAGUAAUCGGUUGGAGAAACUACCGAAUCAAAUGGAUAUGUUGUCCGCCGAUCACUACAGGCGUUUGGCCGACAAUUUAGUUCAACAAUAUCUGGACGAGUCGGUUGUGUUUGACGUAUAUAACCAAUUAGAUGACACUCAGAUUCAAGACAAUCAUCAGCGGUUAGUUAGCAAACUGUUGACAAAGUUUACCGAAACUGACAAUCCGUACGAACAUUGGUCACACAAAUCAACGGUAAUAAACAGUACCGAUAAUCCCGAUGAUGCUAAUGAUGAUCAUCGGCAACAAUUAGUGACCAAACUUAGCCAUCAAUUUACCGUAAUCUAUAAAAAUGGCCAAUUGUUUCGCCAAAGUUUUGAGGGUUAUCGCACUGGUAUGCGUUGGCUUAUACUUCAAUUGUUUGACAACUUAAACAAUGAUAUACCACUACUGGAUCACCAGCUCAGGGAUGUUAGUGACUUAGUAAUAAAAAAUCUAACUAAAACUUAUAACGACAUGACCUAUAAAAUGGAUCAAAAUCUAGAUUUUGCUGACAAACUGGUCGCCAGAAUGAACGACUAUUUUCGGGCCAACGACCAGAUUGUUACCGAAUUGAUUGCUAGAGUCAAUGAAUAUAAGACUGAGUUGAAGGCCAGUAUCGACCAGAAGUCAUUGUUGGCCGGACUGGCCGGACGUUAUAAUCAAUGGCUUGAUUCGCACCGUGAAGUAUUUCCCGAAAUUUAUAGCCGAUUUGGUGAUAAAAUUUUAAGUACAAUUGAACGGUUCGGCAAUGAAGUGGUCGACAAUCGGGCGAUCAACUAUAGUGAAGCUUUCAUUGAUAUAACAAAACAUGUGUUUAGUUCGGAAUCGGGUCUCGGCUGGUGGUCAGACACAUUGAUCGACGGUACGUUAGUCGUUGGUGAAAUAGGAGCAUUUGUAGUAUUAGGCCCAGUAGCUGCCGUAAAGGGUUUAGCUGGCCAUGUAGUCUAUGAUGUUGUUAGAUAUAUGUGGAAACCCGAUAGUCCAGAUACGGGUGCCAAUUGA